ACAGUUGACUAAUUAAAUGCUUUAGAAGUUGUAUGUAAGUGUAAUAACCUUACAUUUUUAUUUUUAUAGAAAAUGCCACUUGAUUAUAGAAGAUUUAAUGGACCAGAAGAUAGUAUAUCUUAUAAAAGAUUUACUAGUGAUUAUUUACGGACAUAUGAUGAACUUCUGAAAGAAUUGUUAAAUAAAAAUGGAAAGAGAAAAGACGGACGCGCCAUGGAUGAAGCGCGAAGUUUGUGUAUGUUCUUUGCCAGGACGGGUAUGGUAUCACAAGCCAAAGGUUCUGCCUAUGUAGAACUUAAGAAAACAAAAGUUGUUUGUUCCGUCUUCGAUCCUCGAGAGAUAGUUCAUCAAAAUGAAUUUAGUGAACUAGGGCAAAUAUACUGCGAAGUGAAAUUUGCGCCCUUUUCUUGUCCGCGUAAACGAAGAUCACACGCUCCUGAUGCAGAAGAGAGAGCAUUGUCGGCAGAUUUGAAAAAAGCUAUGGAACCAGUUAUCUGCAGGCAUUUAUUCCCUAACUUUCAGUUGGACAUAUUUGUCUAUAUCUUAGAACACGAUGGGGCCUGCCUAGCCGCAGCAAUAAAUUCAGUGGGGCUAGCUCUGUCAGAUGCCGCUGUGCCUAUGUAUGACGUAAUAUCUGCAUGUUCUGUGGCUAUCAUCGGUGAACAUAUAUUCGUAGAUCCAACAGAAGAUGAAGAGCAUUUAGCACUAAUGAGUCCAGAUACAGACACUAAUCAUGGAAUUGUAACAAUGUGUAUGCUGCAUAAUUUAAAACAAGUGUCCGACUAUCGGCAAAUUGGAUCAAUGGAUGUUGAAUGUGUGACGAGGGUCAUGAGUAUUCUAGAAAUGGAAUGCGAGAAGAUUAUUCCAGUUAUACAGAAAGUUGUUGUUUUAAAUGUUGUCAAACAGUUUGAUCAGCAUAAGAGAUUAGUUGAAGAGGCCAAAUUGAGAGAGGAGGCUUUAAACACGAAAGUAGAGGAGUGGAAAAGUUUAUUAAAUGGAGGAUGAAAUAUG